GCCAGCCAGUGCGGACCGCAGCAGUAGCAGUGAUGGCGGGGAGCUGGUGGCCGUGUGUGUGCGCGCUGCUGCUGGGCGGGCCGGGGGCCGGCGCCGAGUGGCCGGGCUACGGGGACGCCGAGGCGGACCGCUACGUGCUGGCCUCCCUGAACGCCACGUACCGCGACCCGCUCACCGGCGAGCUGCGCUCCGACAAGGAGGAGGCGGGCAAGUUCGGCGAGGGCACAGCCGCCCCCGCGUGGGGCGUGCUGGUGGCGGUGCGGACCGCCGCCGGGGACCCCACGGGCUGCAGCCUGCCGCUCGUGGGCCACCCCGCCCCCGCCGCCCCCGGGGAGCCCUGGGUGGCGCUGGUGCGCCGGGGCCGCUGCAACUUCGACGUCAAGGUCGAGAACGCCUUCCGCAGCAACGCGUCCGCCGUCGUGGUGUACAACGACAAGGACUUCCCGCAGCUGGAGAAGAUGCGCCUGCACACCCGCAACAUCUCGGCAGUGUUCACGACCCGCAGGAAGGGCGAGCAGUGGCUGCGGCUGCUUGACAACGGCACCCGGGUGCUGCUGUACAUCACCGUGGGCCGCCAGGGCACGCUGCCCUACCCCAGCCUCAACAGGACCUCUGUGCUGUUCGUGUCCAUCUCCUUCAUCGUGCUGAUGGUGAUCUCGCUGGCCUGGCUCGUCUUCUACUACGUGCAGCGCUUCCAGUACAUCCACGCCAAGGACCGGCUCUCGAAGCGUCUCUCAAAUGCAGCCAAGAAAGCUCUGUCCAAAAUACCAACUAAGAGCCUCAAGUCCGGCGACAGGGAACUCCAAGGCGACGGGGAGUGCUGCGCAGUUUGCAUCGAGCCGUACAAGGCGACAGACGUACUGCGCAUCUUGCCGUGUGGGCACGAGUUCCACAAGACGUGCAUCGACCCGUGGCUGCUGGAGCAUCGCACCUGCCCCAUGUGCAAGAUGGACAUCUUGAAGCACUACGGCUUCGUGGCGAAGUGGCGGCUCAGAGAGGCACACAUUCACUCCUUCCAUUUCACGGGCAGCCAGGAGAGCAUCCUGCACAUGGACAUAGAGGAGGUGGUGAGCCCCGACAGCCUGGAGAGUGUGCAGCACCGCGCCGCGUCCACACAGUUGCCGUCUGUGCACCAGACAUCUGGGGCGUCGUCAGCGUCGUCUGAGAGUCGCGGCAGAACCCCGAGCCCGUGCGCGGAGCAGUGCUUCCCUUCGCCCUGCGCGCGAGACGGCAGCGCCAAGUCGGCCAGCUCCGUCGGCUCGCGCGCGGACGCCGGCACGGACGACGAGCUGAGCAACGCGCGGGACUGCGAGCUGGAGAGCUGCGCGUCGACGCCCAGCCGCCGCGCGGGCGACGCGUGUUGAUGCACCCUCCCCCCCACCCCCCUCGCCGCCGCGUCGAGGGAGACGAAGCCGGCCGUCGCGCCGGAGUUCCUCUCAGCUCGGCCGUGCUCCCCGGACUGCGCGUCAGUAUUAGGCAGCGUCCCCGCGGGAGACCCGGGGAUCCCGGCACGUUCGCCCGCGACCGCUCCAGCGGCCGGAGUGAACGCCACCUUUGAAUGUAUAUACUGUAUAGAAGUCGCGAGUGCAUAGGAUUUACUCUACGUUUUUCAGGAGCGUACGAUGAGCAGCUUGGGAACUUCACCGUUGCAGGUGCGCUGCCGUAACGCCCUGUAUCGUCUUAGUUGUUACUUACACGUUAGAGUGCAGCACUGUCGCCCGCUGUCAUUCCCCCGCACCCCUCCACCCAUCAUUCACUGCAGCUCGAGGUCGUUCAACGGGAGGGGGAAGGGGUGUUUGAAGAGUUCGACACUUGUCCGCUAGGGACCACCACAAGUCGAUGCCCUAGAGAUGGUGGCGAUUGCGGCGGUGAAUUAACCAACUACCUCAAAACCGUAUUAGAAAUAUUAACCUGGGCUGGCGACUUCUAUACAGUAUAUAUAUUCAAAGGUAUUAGGCAGCGUCCCCGCAGGAGACCUGGGGAUUCGGCACGUUCGCUCGUCGGCCGGAGUGAACGCCACCCAACGAACGUGCUGAAUCAAAGGAUGACUGUCCGUAAUGCGUAGCUACGUCUUUCAAUACUAAAGACAGCGUCAUCUGUGAUGUUAGUGUCGCUACUGAGUGGAGGUUCUUUACUUGGUCUCUCCGAGAACAGCCGACAACCUAGAAGAGCAAAACGUUACUGUAUUUUUGUGUAGACUAUAAUUUAUGAUAGCUAGAAGGUUAACAUUGAUUAAGUUACCGCUUUUUUUUCUUUUUUUUUCAUUUUACAUACAACUUUCUGUUACGAAUACAGUUAAAAAGUAUUUUAGUCACAAUUUUGUUAAUGACUAUAGACUGUAGCACUUCGCCUUUGUUUGACCAGUGAGUUAGAUUUAGUCUUGUAUAUAUAUAUAUUAAAAAAAACUGGUUAUUUGUUCAUGGACAACUACUUUCUUUGAAGCAGUUUUUUUUUUUGUUUGACUUGACAACAUGAAUUAGAACACUAAAUCCUACAAUAUUUACCAUUGGCCAAAAAGAAAGUAACCCAAAAUUUUAUGGUCAUGAUUCAUGACAAAGAUUUUACAGUGUUUCGUAAGAAUAUUUGAGAAAAAACACACAAUUAAAGAGUGAGUAAAAUGUAGUAUAGUCCAAAUUGAUAAGUUUCAGUCUGAGUCAUUAUGCUAGGAGUGCUCUUCGCUCAGGGAUUGUUACCCUUGUGAAAUGAAUAUGACAAAUAUUUUAUUGAAAAAUUGAUCUGUUAUCCAUCAUGAUUGGUACUUAACAUCAUGACAAUGUGGUAGGCAGGAAUUUGUGCCAUUAUGGGUCAAACUGCUGUUGUAUUUGACCAAUAACAAUGACUUAAUUACUAUAUAAGACUGUAUUAUAAAUACCUGCAGUUCAAGGUAAAAUUCUUUGUUACAAUUUGAGAGAUUAUAAACACAUUUACUUGUAGCUAGAUGAUAAAAGUAAAAAUAUUUGUUAACAUUUGCAGAUUUAUUUGUGACUUUGAACUGUUUUAUUCAAAAUUAUUUUAUUUGUAUUUUAUGAUUUUUUAGUAUUGACCCAAAGAACAUAUUCUGUGCUUGUAUUGUGCUAAAAUGUUCCCAAAGAAAUACCCAGGUCAAAAUGAUCAGCAGACUGUGAAAGACUGCAUUACAGUAUUCGCAGUGCUGAGUAGUUUCGGUAAUUUGAGGUGUCUACUUAAGCAAAUGUGUAACAAACAUGAUGUGACUUGUUUCCUCGUAUUUGAAGUUCUCAAAGUGUGCAGGAGUGUUGUCUUGCAGAGAUUGAGCAGUGACUUGUCUAUUUUCAUUUUUCAGUUUUUUUUUUUUUAAACUGUUUUCCGAGCUAUUACAAACAGCUUUGUAACCCAGGUGUCUCGCAAGUUUCAAUAACAGACGUAUUCGUGCACGGCAGCCUGCGGAAAUAUAGCCUAGGACCGAGCACUGCAUUUCAAACGUAACUGGUUCUGAGCUCCUUUUACAGCACAUUAUAUUUUUAAAAACCUAAUCAGUUUAAACAAGUGUUCGGUUGCUAUGGACAAUAUCGCUGGCUCAAGGCAACCUCGCCCCUUCUUUAAAGUCCACUCCAUAAGAGCGCUUUUGCAGGUUUUAAGUUGUUAUUAUUAUGCCUCUUCAAUACGCAUAAUAAAAUUAAUUGAGAUGUAAUACGUAAAUGAAACAUUCCUGCUAUAUUAUUUUUUGGCUCCACGCUGUUAACGUAUUAGUUAACAAUAAGGCAAUAUUGCAGUGUGACUGGGAAAAUGCAUAUUAAAACAAAAUCACAUGGAGGAUUAUAUUCUACUAUUUUAAAAUUCAUUAAAAAUGCCUUCAUAUUAUCUAAUAAAAUAUGCAUUACAUUCAAACUGCAGGUUGGGUCCGGUGCAAAAACUUUCUCUUUGAAGUGAAUUUAAUAUCAAACUUAUUAAAAAAAAUCUUUUUCUGAACUAGGAACCCAAAAGUAACAUAUCUAUGGCAUGAAUAGUAAUCAGUGCAAUUCUGGCUGGACUUUUACAAUUUAUUACUUAUUUUAUGACAAUUUGCUUCUUUACAGCAUUUUAUUGUACGAGUGUAGCAGCCAGAGCUAUGUCUGAGACUGAAAACAACCAAAUGACAGAGGGCUCAUAAAUAUCACAUCAGAGGAAAAUUAGACAAUGCUUACAAAUAACAGCCCAAGGAACAAUAAUUCUGACAUGGAUAUUUCAGCAUAAACCGGAAUGCGUGGAACGGGAAGUUGUUUACAGAAUGUGUUUUUUUUUUUCCUUUUGCCCAUGAGUAUUUCCCAGCAGCAGGCGACAGAUCAAAUAACCCGUUGUAUGCCCAGCAGUGUUCCAAACUGAAACAGAUAGCGCUACCAUUGUGAACUAGUUCUUUUGCAAAUUCAUAAAAAGUGUUAGAAUUCAUGAUCACAUUAUAACUGAUGUAUUUAACUUUAAAUUAUUAUUUAAUAGUAUUGUUUAUUGAAUGUGGGUUUCUUAGCUUUUAGAUAACUGAGGAAAAUGAAAUUAGCAGGGGUAAUUAAGUCCAUAAUUUAUUAGUCAUUUUCAACAGAGUAAAAACAUUUUCAGCAUACUGGAAUUGAUUCGAGCAUCCUGCAAGUAAUAAUUUGGCUGGCAACAAGCGAGGGUUCAGGUGAUAAAUGAUUAUUAUUAUUAUUUCUUCUUUAUUAUGUAAUAAUGAUGACUAUCUAGUGCCUCUGUUCAAGAUUGAAACGCGUUAAUCUUCAGUUCUUUUUCAAUAUAUUAUAUCGUCCCUCACUUUUGAUCUUGUUAUGGCAUUUGUAGAUUCAUCGAAGGCAAUGUAAUUGAGGAUUGUAUAUGGGGACAGGAAAAUAACGUUCAGUUGUCAGUCUUUCAGUUAUAUGUCAGUUUUUUCCAAGUUUUGAUAGUUGUCACACACUGGUCAUGUUCUUUCCUUUAGUUGGUUUUGCAAACCAGGAGAUAAGUUUGCCAACUUAAUGCUGUACAAUGUCACAGUUUUUCUGUUAAGUCAAAACUUUAGAGGUUGGGUAUUUUUUCUAAGCAUCCAGUAAAAAAAGCAUAAGUAAAGUGCAGAAAAAUAUUUACAAAAAUUGUGAAUUUGAUAAACAAAUGUCAGUUCCUAUAAAAUUAUUAGUUCAUGUACAAUAAAAAAAAAAGGGGGGGGUACGUGGACAAAGUGUUAUAUGCAAAUAUUAAAUUUUCUGUUAAAUUAUCAUUUUAGACACUCGUUAAAUUCACAGAAAUGUUAGGUUAGUAUAUACUUGACUAUCGGAAGAUGAUACAUUAAUUGGCCAUACUGUACAAGAUACCAACUUUAUAUCAAGUUCCUUUACCAAAGCUUUUUUCACAUCUGUUUUUAUACAAAUACUUUACUUGGAAAAAACUAAAGAAAGCAUGUUUUGUCGCAGUACCCAUAUCAUAGAUUUGCAAAAUUGGUAGCAUCGCAUUUUAACUAAAACUAUUUAGUAUUGUGUGUAGCCAAGUAGCUAAUGUUCAGUAUUAGGAUAAGUCUUCUGGAUUAAGAUUGGAGGAGGGGGGCAUUGGACAGGGUAUACUCUUUACAUGUACAUAACUCUUAUAAUCAAUCAUAUUUAUAUUAGAAGAAAAGACUACACACAUCCAGGCCUUCCAACUAUCGACGAGUUAGUAUAUUCAUACAGUUUCUUUCUUAUAAACAUAUUAAAAGAAAAAAAUUCUUGUAGCUAUGCUGAUGGAUAACUCAACUACAUAUAUACUUAGUUUUCAACCUUGGAUAACAAAAAUAAACAUAGAAUAAAUGGGUUUGAACCCAUUUUUGUUUUGAAAUAAAAAUCUUUCCAUAAACUGGUUAACAUAGGCUAAAUAGAAAAUAAUUAUAAUUAUAAAUUAAAAAAUAGUGCAAUCGUGGACAUACGCAGGUAUUCGGCUGGCAGGCCUACUGGUAGACAGAACAAUUCCCUUGGGGUAGUCCCAGUAAGUCAUUGAAAUGCAAUGCCUUCUUGCCUUCAUUUGGGCAAGACAACACAAUAUUGACAUUCGGCCAGGAGUCAAUACAACACGAUGCAAAAUAAAAAUAAAAAUCAAACUUCUUAAAACAAAAAACAAUAACUCCUGAUUAGGGGCCACCAGUUUCAAAAACACUGCAGAGGAAAAGCAACGUGAUAACUACAGCCAGGUCCAGGGCUAAACUAUUAACCUCAUUACAAAAAAGUAUUUUUGCUCUGAAAUUCUGCAAAAAGAAUCGCUGCUGGUACAAAAUAUAUAAUUACCUUAAAAUUCCUAACUUUACAAGCCAACAUUAAACAUAUACAGAAAAAACUAAGUAGGAUCCAAAAUUUGCACAUAACAUUUCUGCAGGAAAAAAAAAAAUAUUAUUAUUAAAUAAUACUUUUUUUUUAACAUAACCUUAAUAUAUAUAUAAAGGGGUGAAAUAAAACAUCCCCAGUUUGUAUAUUGCGAGGUUUUGCUAUCACCUAUCUUUAUUAUGGCAUACCUUUCGAUGUCACUCACCAAAUCUACUCACUGAAGAUGACCAGUAAUCAUGAUAAAUAAAUAACAUUAAUGUGCGAGAAGAAAAAGUCCGUCCUUUUCUUCAAAAUAAACAAACUAUAAAGGUGUAGCUUCUAUUAUUAUAGCUAUUAAUAAACACGAAGCUCAAAAAAUAACAAGUCAGGCCGCAAAAAAUAUUGCUAGCGCAGUACUAAAAAAUCAAGUUUAUAAAUUUACCCGAAAAUUUUGUUUUCUUGAAGUCCGUGCCACAAUACUGCAACUUGCUAUAAAUAUAAGCUUAUUUUUCAAACUGCUGAACAUGAAACAGUGGUAAGUGGACAGCAACGUUAACACGGUUAAAUUUGGAAAGUUGUUCACACCCGGCACCAGUUAACCUUAUCGACACUUUGCGAACACGUUCAGGCUUAACUUAAAAAAAAAAACUCAAAGCUCUUUGUUAAAAACAUUCUAUGAGUAGAUGACUACCACCACAAACACCUUAACGUCCAGCGCCGUACUCCCAACCCGCCAGAAAUAAAUAUAAAAAUGUAGAAACGUACAAGAGCCGUCCAUUGCCUUCCUAGUCGCCAGCACGUGGCCUGCGUCACACGUCUCUCCCUCGGGCAACAGCCAAUCCCUGCUCGCCGGUGCAGGAGUCGUGUAGAAGUAGCUCCGAACACACGCUGCCACGCUGCGAAGACCUCCACGAACCACACAGUCCGACGCCAGUCCUUGCGUUUCCUUUUAAUUUUUCAAAAACAGCCAAUUAAAUUUAAGUAAAAAACCUGACAACAUUUGAGAUUAAAUACAAACAUUACCAAGAAAAAAAUAAUCACUCAAAAACUUUCAAAUUCUUCUGGUGAGCUGCUUGAAAAAAAGAUUAGAGUAAACGACAAAAGAUAACUAAAUAAACCAUGUUUAGCCAAAUAUAGCAUAAUUUAAUUAUUAGACCAGAAAGCACACAAUUGCCAGUAAAACAGUGAGACGUCAACAGCAACUGCACAUCCCCAAAUAAUACAAAAUUAAUUCAAUAUUUAAGUACUUCGAAAUAGAUGAUAGCAAAUUUGUAUCUUAAUUAUAUACAAUGUAUCAGUUAUGUUAUGAAUGAUAAAAUAAUCUGUCCAAUUUGUGAAGAAAACCAAGCCUGAAUGCAUGAAAAAAUUGAUGCAAAAGAGUAAAAAAAAAAUGUAUCUAUUAUUACUGUGUCUAAUAUUGCAGAAUGUUUUCAGAGGUAUGUGUGAGAAUAUACUUCUGCAAUAACAUAAAACUAUUUCCUCAUUAAGUAAUAUCAGAAUCAUAAGUUUUUGUGUGUCCCAUAAUUUUUCAUUCCUAAAAUAAAAAUUUUAAAAAAGCUGGGGAAUAAUUAGCAUAAUCUGAACAUUAUGUCAGAAAUCAAGGGGUCUUGCCAAAGCUUCGCUUCACACCAUCCAUGCUGACUGUAGUAUAAAAUGUUGUAUAUGAAAGAUUAAGAAUUGUGGAUAAUGGCAUAAUCACACUUGGGAAACAUUUUAAAACCCUACAUCUCCCAGCGAGGUCUCACCCAAAUUCUUCACGAGUGGAAAAUGUGGUAGACGAUAGAGUGAUCUGUUGAGGUUUCCCUCAACUACACGUACCAUCGUUGCUCCGUUUGACCGAUUCAACCUUCGGCCUCUCUAAUGUCCUAGGUAUCGACCAAAUGUUAUUCCUAAUUCAAUCCAGUUUUACAAUUGUGUUUCUAAAGUUUAUUUUUUGCAAUUUGAAGGGGUUAAAGAUAUUUGUUAUGGCUAUCACUUAAUAAGUUUCAAAUUCCUCUACAGAAUACUCUAUACUGCACACCCCUACAAAGUGAUAUUAUGCUGUAUAGUGGUAGGAUCACAAUGUGUCAAAGCACCUGAAACACUCAACACACACCUGUGUGCUUUUUGCGAGAGUACGACAGAGAGAGAAAGAGACAGCCUUCACACCUUAAGCACUGACUACCUAAACAAAGCAUGGCUGAUGAUUACAUGAUAUUUAUCGUUAAAGUUUUUACAGCACCAGCUAAUAUGGUAAAGAGCGGGAAUCCAGCCAGUAAUUCUUGGUUAUAGUUCAAGCACACCUAUUACAAUGUCACAAGAAUUAUCAUCCAUUACCCGAAGAUGAGCUACCAUGGCGCAUUCAGUCGGGAGUAACCCUCGUUAUAAAGGGGAGAUGUUACGGUUAAGUGAAGCUUUCAGAAUAGCAGAUGUUUUUAAAAAUUAAUGUGCUCAGUCUGAUUUUUCCACCAAGUCGAGUGUUUAAAAGUCACACUUUUGGCAAUGCUGUUACAAUGGAGAAGUAAAAGGUUAUCUCCCAAUCUGAUCAGGUUAUCCUGCCACCUUUUUUUUCUUUUUUAAAUGCUAACACAUGUAAUUGGUGUGCAUGUAAAAUGUUCGCAAACGUUACUUGACAAACACAGCAGUGACGUGAUGGCCAAUACCAACUUUGUUCGUUAUACACUAUUUGAUCGUGGUUUAUUGUGGCAGCGUUUGUAACAGUUGCACAUUGCAUGUGUGUGCCGAAUUAAAUUAUGAAGUAAAUGAGAUUUUAAAAAAAAUAACAAUUAAAUAAUACAAAUUUUUUGAAAAAAUAAAUAGCAACAUGGAACUUACUAAAUGAUUGUGUCACUCGCUAUCCACACAUUGUCAAAAUCUGCAAACACAGCUACUUUCUGGUUGUUCCACUACAUUAUUUAAGUUGUGAAUGAACAUCAACUUCCUGGAAUCGAAAAGUUGUAAUUAGUUUGGUUUCUUAAUGAAGAAAGAACAUGUUCAUCUACAGUAAAAAUUACGUAGAUCAGUGAAGUCAAUGUUAUAAUAUCACUUUGGCAAAGUUGGAACAUUCAAACUUGUUAUUCUUACGAUGUUCCAGAUUAAAACAUAAUGUGGACAAUCUGCUAUCACACAGGGGUAAGAGUGUACACUCGGAAAAUGUGAUUCAAUGUAAUAGGCCAGUUCAAGCUGUCUUAUCCUGAGUCACGCGUGUCUUUUUUUGAAGGAGUGUCUGCACCUACUACCCGUAAAUACUCGGAGCUGUCUUGUCAACGGUGAUGAUUGCUGAUGUCUUUGUAAAUGAACUGUCAGUGUAUGUAUUUGUAAAAAGAAAUGUUUUGUAUAAACUGUAUUUAUUUAAAAUUAAUGUACUUAAGAUAUUAAAUACAUAAUACAUUUUAUAAGGAAGAAAAA